AUGUCUUUUAACAAGAUCCUCACAAAGAAGGUUGUUGGCAAGCUGUCAAAGGGUGGAAUGAAUGUUGUGCUCUCUGUUGCUACCAGAACUGAAGCCUGGUCACGUCCAGAAUAUGUCGCUGAUGAAAUUGGAGCGAGAACCAACCCAAUUAUUGUUAAGUCAAAAACUGCGUUGCCAGCUGGCACUGUUGAACUGUGCGUCAGGGAACCCGAGCAUGGCGAGAACGUGAAACAAGAUCAUGUUACUGGUGUUGCGUUUGAUGCGAAUGGUCAUGGCCAUAGUUUGCACUUUGAAACAAACCCAGAGUAUGUGUGA